ACAUCCAGCUGCCUGAGACCCUCCUGCAGCCUUCUCAAGGGACAGCCCCACUCUGCCUCCUGCUGCUCCUCCAGAGCAGCACCAUGCGGCCCCUCUGGCUCUGCUGGGCACUCUGGGUGUUGCGCCUGGCCGGCUCCGGGGCCGCCCUGACCGGGGAGCAGCUCCUGGGCAGCCUGCUGCAGCAGCUGCAGCUCAGAGAGGUGCCCGCCCUGGACAGGGCCUAUAUGGAGGAGCUGGUCAUCCCCACCCACGUGAGGGCCCAAUACGUGGCCCUGCUGCGGCGCAGCCACGGGGACCGCUCCCGUGGAAAGAGGUUCAGCCAGAGCUUCCGAGAGGUGGCCGGCAGGUUCCUGGCGUCGGAGGCCAGCACACACCUGCUGGUGUUCGGCAUGGAGCAGCGGCUGCCGCCCAACAGCGAGCUGGUGCAGGCCGUGCUGCGGCUCUUCCAGGAGCCGGUCCCCAAGGCCGCGCUGCACAGGCACGGGCGGCUGUCCCCGCGCAGCGCCCAGGCCCGGGUGACCGUCGAGUGGCUGCGCGUCCGCGACGACGGCUCCAACCGCACCUCCCUCAUCGACUCCAGGCUGGUGUCCGUCCACGAGAGCGGCUGGAAGGCCUUCGACGUGACCGAGGCCGUGAACUUCUGGCAGCAGCUGAGCCGGCCCCGGCAGCCGCUGCUGCUACAGGUGUCGGUGCAGAGGGAGCAUCUGGGCCCGCUGGCGUCCGGCGCCCACAAGCUGGUCCGCUUUGCCUCGCAGGGGGCGCCAGCCGGGCUUGGGGAGCCCCAGCUGGAGCUGCACACCCUGGACCUUGGGGACUAUGGAGCUCAGGGUGACUGUGACCCUGAAGGACCAGUGACCGAGGGCACCCGCUGCUGCCGCCAGGAGAUGUACACUGACCUGCAGGGCAUGAAGUGGGCCGAGAACUGGGUGCUGGAGCCCCCGGGCUUCCUGGCUUACCAGUGUGUGGGCACCUGCCAGCAGCCCCCGGAGGCCCUGGCCUUCAAGUGGCCGUUUCUGGGGCCGCGACAGUGCAUCGCCUCGGAGACUGCCUCGCUGCCCAUGAUCGUCGGCAUCAAGGAGGGAGGCAGGAUCAGGCCCCAGGUGGUCAGCCUGCCCAACAUGAGGGUGCAGAAGUGCAGCUGUGCCUCGGAUGGGGCGCUCGUGCCAAGGAGGCUCCAGCCAUAGGCGCCUAGAGUAGCCAUCGAGGGACUUGACUUGUGUGUGUUUCUGAAGUGUUCUAGGGUACCAGGAGAGCUGGUGAUGACUGAGCUGCUGAUGGACAAAUGCUGUGUGCUCUCUAGUGAGCCCUGAAUUUGCUUCCUCUGACAAGUUACCUCACCUAAUUUUUGCUUCUCAGGAAUGAGAAUCCUUGGCCACUGGAGAGCCCUUGCUCAGUUUUCUCUAUUCUUAUUAUUCACUGCACUAUAUUCUAAGCACUUACAUGUGGAGAUACUGUAACCUGGGGGCAGAAACCCCAGUGUGUCAUUGUUUACUUGUCCUUUCACUGGAUCUGGGCUAAACGCCUCCACCAUCACUUGGGACCUAAGACCUGGGGUUAAGGGUGGGUUGCGCAUCCCCAAUCCAGAAAAUAAAGACUUCGUAAAACAUGAAUAAAACACAUUUUAUUCU